CUCUGGGCGGAUUACCAAUUAGUGACGGCGACUCGUCGACUUGAACUUUGAGUUGCGGAAGCUCUGGUCAGCCACCACCUCAUCGCCUGCUCGUCCUCGCCAUCUUGAUCCUCAACUACUACCAUUGGCCACCCUUCACCCCCCACCACGACCUCCACAAUGUUCCGCGCAGCAGUGCGGUCGACGCCUCGUGCGUUGCGACAGCCCUCCUCCUCCUCCUGCAUCACCUCCGCCGGCCGACGAUUCGCAAGCACAGCCCCCGCAGACAAGAGGUACACAUGGAAGGGCACGGCGGCAAGAUGGGGCCUGGCGGUGGGCGCCCUGUACUGGUACAACACAAGCCCCAUGUUCGCAGACGAGAUGCCUUCCCAACUGUCCAACGAGCCCCCCCAGUUCGCCGAGUCAGAACUCCAGACCGUCGACGCCAUCGUCGAGGAGAAGCGCAAACAACUAGACCAGAAGCGCAAGGCCCGCGACUCCGAGGCGGCGAGCAGCGCGACAUCACAACAGACGCCACCCCCCACCGGUGACAACCCUGCCUCCGCCGCCGCAGCGCCGCCGUCCGAGGAGGCCGAGAAGACACCAGAGCAGCUCGAGGAGGAGGCGGGCCAGCAGGGCGCCUUCAACCCCGAGACGGGCGAGAUCAACUGGGACUGCCCGUGCCUGGGCGGCAUGGCCCACGGGCCCUGCGGCGAGGAGUUCAAGGCCGCCUUCAGCUGCUUCGUCUACUCGGACCAGGAGCCCAAGGGCAUCGAGUGUGUUGAGAAGUUCCAGGGCAUGCAGGACUGCUUCCGCAAGUACCCCGACAUCUACGGCGCCGAGAUCGCCGACGAGGAGGCCGCCGAGCACGAGGCCGACCAGCUCGCCCUCGACACACCUGCCCCCGCCGCGGCUGCCGAGGAUGCGCCAGCCCCAGCCCCAGCAGCUCCCGAGACCGAGACCGAGCCCAAGGUGGCCGCUACCCCAUCGGCCUCUGACGACGACAAGUUCGCCGCCCCGGCCAAGUCGGAGCCAUCUGCGGACGAGAAGCCCAAGGACAAGCCCCAGGACAAGGAUGUUGCCGUCGGGCCCAUCAGCGAGGAGCGCGGUGUGCCGGAGAGCGCCUUUGAUGCGACGGGGGCCAACCAGAAGGCAUGAGGAUAGGCCAGAUGAUGUCUAUGCGCCGUUCCUGCUCGCUCCGAGAUGGAAUGGGCUGUGUAAUAUGUUGUUGCAUUUCCAGGACGCAGCGGGGGUUUAGAUUCCGGUAUCCUACCUACACUAGACUCGCCGGUACCCCCCUUGUAUAUCACAUCUGGGCAGUGUAUACUAUCAACUUGGGAUAGCGGUCGAAUAUGCAAUCUUCUCGUCUCAGUCUUGGAGUAAUUUCACCACACCAGACAGUGCAGAACGUGCAGUACGGUCCACCGGCUCUGCCUAUCAAGAUCCGUCCCCGGUUCGACCUUCUGGUCCCAUCUAUGGUUCCGAAGCAUCUCAAGAGGAUGCACUUGUUCAGUUUAGGUGAUGACCGGCGCACGACAAGGAUCCUGAGAUAUACAAGUGCGAAAGACGGAGUGAGGUAGUUUCUAAUACUUCAGUUUAUAUAUGACUAGGUCACCAUUUGAACUCAGUUCUAGCCUUAUUUACCUAGGUAUAUAACACGACAGACUCGGCGUCACUGCAAUGACCCUCGGAAAACCCUUCGACCUCCACUCCCCCCCAACGCUUCUCACCGCGGUACCACCGAGUCGGCAAACCACCUCCCACGCCCCGUUCCGACGCCAGCGAGCAUCUAAGGGACUCUCGCGCAUGCACGACCGACGGCAACUCGGCAAUACCCUCGCAGCACCGCCCAACCAGUCGUGAUUCCUCGAGAUCAGAACCCUCACGACGACCAGCGUCCUCGACGCCCUGCCUCGCCUGCGGCAGCUCGCCCCCCUUCGAG